GUUGCUGACAAUCUCCUCUCCUCUCCGCUGACCCAAAAAUGUGGAAAGUAAAGGCUCUACCGAACAUGUGCACAAGCCCUCUGUUGCAAUCCAGAACAACUUCUUACAGAAACUACUCACCAACAGCUUUGUCAAAAGCAUUUUGUCUCGUGAUUGAUGAGAAUGGGUCAGUUGGGGGUGCUGCGAGGAGGUACGGGGUCCCUGAGUCCACAUUACGGGAUCGUGUUCUGGGGAAGGUUGACCCCGAAGCAACAAGAUCGGGACCAGCUCCUGUGUUCAGCCUCGAAGAGGAGAACAACUUGGUGGACCACCUGAAGAAGAUGGCGCUACUGGGUUAUGGAUAUAGCAGGGCCGAAGUUAUCGAUACAGCCACAAUAUAUGCUGUCAGUCUCAACAAAAGGGACGAAGAUCAUCCACUCAGCCUCAAAUGGUUUCGCAACUUUAUGACCAGAUGGCCUGAGCUGAGUGUCAAGAAGCCACGCAGCCUGGAUCUGUACAGAGCGAAGGCAACCUCUGAAGAAGUAGUGAUGGCAUACUUCGCCAAGCUCGAUGAGAUGCUGACAAAAUACAAAUUGAAGGAUGCACCUGAACGCAUCUUCAAUGUUGACGAAAAGGGUCUGAAACAAAACCAUUCCCCACCUUUCAUCGUUGGUUCGUCCUCCUCAUCCACCCCACUUGCUGUGACAAGCGGCAGAGGGAUGACCGUUACCAUCAUCGGUGCUGGGAAUGCUCUGGGUCAGCAAGUACCUCCAUACUUUGUAUUCCCAGGACAACGUAUGAGGCAGGAGCUACUCAAUGGCUGCUUACCUGGAACAGAUGGGACCGUCAGCGAAAGUGGUUGGUCGAAUACUGCUGUCUUCAUGACAUACCUUUCAACACACUUCUUGAAAUAUGUCACUGCGAGCCGAACGGAAGAUGAGCCAAUACUCCUUCUCUAUGAUGGUCAUCGAUCUCACAUCAACCUACCACUGAUUGACUGGGCAAGAGAUCAACACAUCUUGCUCUUUGUCUUGCCUGCACAUACAAGUCACGUCCUACAGCCACUUGAUCUAGCAUGCUUUGGGCCAUUUGAGAAGAUAUAUAAUUCCCUCUGCCACCGACAAAUGCGAGCCAACUCAACGACAGGGAUUGAUAGAUAUUCUGUGAGAUUGCAUGCAAUGCAUAUACAAAGGCCCUCUCUCCAGAGAACUUAAGGAGCUCUUUCAAGAAAGGAGGGAUUUACCCUUUGAAUAGUGGUGUCGUUGAUCGUGCCAUGUACGCUCCGGCUAGAGCUCUAAACAAGUGCACCUCUAACCCAGCAACAAAAGAAGGGGAUUUCCCCCAAGUAUCGGAGGUUGGCCCGCAAGGUGACCAUUCAUCUGAAGAUGGUGGCCUCCAUGUUGUCAGACCAGAUCUAAAAGUCGAUCAUAUUCCAGGCAGGAAACUCGAAACGAUACAUUUCAAUUGCCCAUUUAUAAAUUACAUUUACAAGUUUGCCGAUUGAAGUUUUGUGUUGCCCAAACGAAUGUUUUGGGAGACACCAGUCCUAACAUUUCCUGUGACCGUUGUGUUCGUAUGUUAAAGUUUAUUUAAUGUUUUUUUAAUUACUCUCGUUACCUAAGUAGGCCUAUUCGUCUGAAUUUACAUGAAAAAUUGACCUAAUUAAGUACCAAAGAUGAUGUAGGAUAUAUUCCAUGUCAAAGUUCGAAGGUCAAAUGAGGUCAGCUAUGAUUUACAGAGGUUUAGGUUUAAUAAGAAAUAGGCUACAAUUAAAAAUAAAACACGACCACUCAAGAAAACCUGAAAGUAGAAAAAUAUGUAAAAUGUCAUUUAUUUAUUUUUCAUUUGAAAUUUAUAGCUUUAAUACCAUAUGAUAUAUUUUCGAAGUAUAGAAGGUUGAUUUUUGGAAAAUAUAAGAUAGCUACCGACAAUGGAGCCUGAUGGA